CUGGCUGUCAAUAUGACGACCGCGAGCGACUUGACCGCCAUCUACAAUUGCUCCGCCUUCUUUGCUUAUGCGUUCUCCAUCCCGCUCCUCAAAGACAAACUUCGCUUCGAUAAGGUAUUUGCCGUAAUUGUGGCCAUUGUGGGUGUUCUCGUGGUGGCAUAUGGAGAUAGAGACGAAGACAAGCAUGCGGAUGGCACCCCGGGUAAAGGAGAAGGUCAAGUAAACAAUAGGCUCUUGGGCAAUCUUAUCAUCGGUAUCGGUAGUAUACUCUACGGUCUGUACGAGGUACUAUAUAAGAAGUACGCCUGCCCGCCGGAAGGCACCAGUGCCGGACGCAGCAUGAUCUUCGCAAACACCUUCGGCAGUCUGAUCGGAUGCUUUACUCUCUUCGUGCUCUGGAUCCCCCUGCCGGUCCUCCACAUCCUAGGCUGGGAAACCUUCCGUUGGCCCACCGGAGAAACCGCCUGGAUGCUCCUCAUCUCCGUCUGUGCCAAUGCC